AUGGCGGUGAAGGACUGCGGCGGGCACAAGGGCGGGGGCUGCGAGUGCCACCGCCGCCGGCUCUACCGCAAGUGCUGCGGCGCGCUGCUGGCCCUCGUCAUCCUCGCCCUCUUCAUCAUCCUCAUCGUCUACCUGGUGCUCCGCCCCCACAAGCCCCGCUUCUACCUGCAGGACCUGGCGGUGCUCUGCCUCAACGUCACGCCGCCCACCUCCGCCUACCUCUUCACCACCAUGCAGGCCACGGUCGCGGCGCGCAACCCCAACGACCGCGUCGGCGUCUACUACGACGAGGCGGACAUGUACGCGGAGUACAAGGGCGUGCCCAUCACCGUCCCCACCCGCCUCCCCGUCGCCUACCAGGGCCACCGGGACCAGUCCGUCUGGUCGCCCUACCUCCGGUCCAUGGACAGCGUCGUGCUCCCGCCGCAGCUCGCCAUCGCGCUGGCGCAGGACGAGACGGCCGGGUACGUGCUGGUGGACGUCAAGGUGGACGGUCAGGUGCGCUGGAAGGUGGGCACGUGGAUCUCCGGCCACUACCACCUCCGGGUCAACUGCCCGGCCCUCAUCAGGGUGAACGAGGGCAAGGGCAGCUACGGCGCCACCACCGGCGGCGGCCCCGACUACUUCCGCUUCCAGCAGGCCGCCGCCUGCGCCGUCGACGUCUGA